UGUUGGAAUAAUUAGUAAUUUUACUCUAUUAUUGCAUUGUGUUUAAUUAUUUCCAUUAAUUUUAAUUGUUAGUCUAAAUUGUUUUUUGAAUUUAUUGAAUAUAUUUUAUUGUUGUAUUGCCAUAAUAAUUGAAUAAUUUGUUGAAUUGUAAUUGUUAAUGUUGAAUUUAGCUUAGAAUUAGUAAUUGAAUAUGUUGGAAUAAUUAGUAAUUUUACUCUAUUAUUGCAUGAUUUGUGUUUAAUUACUUCCAUUAAUUUUAAUUGUUAGUCUAGAGUUUUUUUUUAAUUUAUUGAAUAUAUUUUAUUGUUUGUAUUUCCAUAAUAAUUGAAUAAUUUGUUGAAUUGUAAUUGUUAAUGUUGAAUUUACCUUGUAAUUAGUGUGGUUGUUAUUUGUAUAGAUGUUAUGUUAUAUACAAUAUUAGUAUAGAUGCGGUCAAUUGGUUGUGGCUAUUGUUAAUAUUUGCAGAUUUGUGGAUUUGGGUAGUCUCAGUAUAGGGGAGGUGCUAUCAAAAAAAUUUUAACAUUUGAAUUUAAUUAUAUAAUUAUUCGUAUAAAAUUAUGUAGAUGCGUAGAACGAAAUCCAUAGCUCGUCGCUCACAUAUGGCGCAACUAGUUCUUCUAGCAGCGAGGAUGACAUAUCCUUAGGUGCUUCUCAAGAAGAGGCACCUACGCCGUCAACCGAUGCUGCCUCUUCCAACGCGGUUUCACGGCGCAGAGGCGGCGUGCCUUCGCAGCAGAAUCAAUUCACCCGCAUGUACGAGGCACAGUGGAAGGACGACCUUUCAAUGUUCACAAACAUUGAGGCUGCCCGAGUAAUAUCAUCGGCGUUUAAAUCGUCGAUGGAGAUUCUAUUAUUUCAAUGGAGUCAGGUAUCCAGACAUCCUGAAUGGAUACCUCAAAUCGAUGUAUGGUUUGACAGAUUUGAGAACAAAUUCGCCUGGGACAGGGCACAUGACAAAGUUGUGAGGAGGGUGUGGGAAAAUCACGCGGCAACUAGGUUGCGUGAUUUUUGGUACAAAGCACAAAAAAAGGCAAAAAAAACCGCAAGAGAUAAGGGUCUCCAAGGCUGGAACGACGUGGCGGUUUGGAGGGAUUUCAAACCGAUAUAUAUCCCGGCAGAUAUAUGGCCGCCCUAUCUUGAGCACAUGAUGUUUAAGUUGUUCACACGACGCUCACAGUCCGGUGCUGGCUACCAGAAUAGGCCAAUUCAUGGCUCGGUGACAACGCACACCGGCGGCUUCGUUCUGUUUGCUGCACAUGCGAAACGGAUGGCUACGUCUCUUGGACGUUAGCCGAGCCUAAUGGAGCUGUUUGUUGAGACGCACAUGCGGAGUCAAGACCGCCAAAAGGAGCCACAACAAUUCAUUGACAACCGUGCUCAACACUUUGUGAGACCUAUAAUAGCCAGUUCAAGGAGAGAUAUGGGGACGAUCCUUCGACCUAUCCGGAUUUCGAUCCGGAUUUGUGGAUGGAGGUUGGAUCGUCCGGUGGACUCGAUAAAAAUCGGGUGUACGGGCUCUCCAACACUACGGCUGAGAACUUGCGAGCUGCCCGUAGUGUCUAGGGCUGAGCAUUUUCGGUUUGGUCCGGUUUUGGGCCAAAAAAAGCAAUCAAACCGAAAUUAUUUUUUUUCAAGUUUUUGAACCGAACCGAACCGAACCGAAAACCGGUUCGAACCGACCAUGUUCGGUUCGGUUUUUUUCCCUUCCAAACCAAUUUAAACCGAAAAUUAUUUCUGGGUUUUUUCAUUGUUCAUAUUUUUUCAAGGAUCUUAUUUUCGUUUUAUUUUUAAUUUCACAGAUCUGUGCUUUAUGUGCUUAUUUUCUGAGAAA